AUGUCAUCAAGCCAGCCGCAGACCAAUGGAGUUCCAGCCUCAUCGGCAGGAACUUCACAGACAGUACCAAACACACAAACUACCGCUACCUCGUCUAGCCAACCCGCUGUCACGGCCUCGCAGAAUGCACCCCCUCCCUCAGCGCAAUCAACAUCAGCUCCUCGUCCGCGCGACUCUCGUCUCAUUGAGCUUCUCCUCACAUCGCAAGGAGUUACCGCUUACGAGCCGCGCGUGCCUCUUCUCCUUCUCGAUUUCGCAUACCGCCAUACAUCCUCCGUCCUGAGUGAUGCUCUCCACCUCUCUGGCGACCCAUAUGUUACGCAGGCAGGCUCCAAACCAUCAGCAAACGCCGGCGCCAUCUCAGCACCAGCAGGCGACGCCGCGGUGACGGCUAACGCUGUCAAACUUGCCAUUGCAGCCCGACUUAGCUAUCAAUUGCGCGGAGGAAAUGCCGGUGGAGGUAUCAGCAAAGAAUACAUGCAGGAGCUUGCGCGCGAGCGGAACAAGGUGGCACUACCAAAGAUUGUACCAAGUGAAUGGGGCGUACGACUACCAAGUGAACGGUUCGUGCUUAGUGGGACGAGCUGGGGUCUUAAGGACGUGUGGGAUGAGGAUGAUGAAGAAGAUGAUGAGAUGGACCAAGGGGGCGAUGCCAUGGAGGGUAUCGAAGGCCCUGAACCUGAGGAUGUUGGUGGAGAUGGUGUGGAAGGUGGUACUGUCGAGGACAUGUUCGGUGAGGAUGUCGACGAAGAAAUGGCUGAAGAGGGUUAG